GGCUCGUAGGUUCUUGAGAAGCACCGCAAAAAAGGCUCGUAGGCUGUGUGCCUUCAUGAGUGGAGAGAAACCCGACGAAGUGCUGAUCUUGCGAUGGUGGCGUCGACGAUUUGCUAUGUUCUCCUGGCAUGGAUGGUCCUCAGCACCUUCAUGCAAUUUUACGUCUCGUUCAAUGCCCCUCGCUGCCCGUCCAGCGCACGGGCGUUACAGACGGCCUGUUACCGCCCACUUUUUCGGCCAUCGGAGGAGGUGGACAUCCAUGUGUUCCUCACGACGGAGGAGCAGCUGCAGUGGUGGACGGCAGAAGGUGUGCGGGAGCUGAUGGAGGUGCCCCUGUUCAACAUGACGGCGCGCUACGGCGAGGUGAAUGCCAGCACUCUGGCCACCGUGCCGCUGUCCAAGCUCCCGAGCGUUCGGCUCAACCAAUCCUUGUUGUAUGCGCACUCUUACCUAGUGAAGUCAGGCGCCAGGUUGAUGGAUGAAGUGCAGAAGUUGGCUGCAACCGAGCAGCCUCCGCUGCGGGGGCUCAUCAGCGAACAGGCGUUGCACACCACCGCCGCGAUGGUGAAACUCCAACCGCAGGUCCGAAGGCCGACCCGGAAGCUUUUAGAGGAGGUCAACGCAACUGAGAAGGAGGUGGACACCGAGCAGGCUGAGAAGGUCACUGUGGAGCUACCCUUCGCGACGCGUUCGCUGGAGGUAUAUCCAUCCUCGGCCCUCAAAUGGGCCACCGGUCUCUUCAUUCUGACGUCGUUCCUGGAGCCAACGCUGUACAUGGCGGCCUUGCGCCAUGGCAUUGCUUGUGUGUGGGCCAGCGUGCUGAAGCUUCGGAUGGACCAGGCGCCUUCCAAAAAGGUGACACCUGAAAUGCCUCGUUUCCUGGCACCAGCUGUUAGCACACCUCACCUGAUCCCUUGGCUCUCCUUGGAAGUCUCCGCCGACUCCGAGGACUACGACGAUGCGUACCCCCCGCCAUUGCUGUACAAGGAGAUGAUCUUCGACCAUGGCCAGCCCUUCCCUGUUCGGGAGCGGGAGGUACGCUACGACGCGCGGCUGAUGCAGUCCGGCGAGAAGCUCUACGCACCUCCCUUCCACAUCGACACCUGGGGGAUAUCGUCGAAGAUGUGGAGACCCUUGGAACUCAACGAGUCCAGGGAGGACCCCGUGAUCCAUGCGGAGGUGAAGUUCGUGGGAAUGAUCCAAUACAGCGCCCAGAGGACCCUCAUGGAGAUGAUGAGACCGCGACCGCGACCGCCGGACGUGUUGGGCCGCGAUCGGCCCGAUGCACUUCGUUCGGUUGGAGGCGGAAGUCAAUCACCGGGGGGGCACACGAAAGGGUCGUUCGGUGCGCGUUGGUGUUGGCCAAUGAGCUGCAGAGGAGUCAGACAGAUGCAGAGAAGGAGAGAUUUGGGGCCCAGCUUUUCCAGGGCGUGGUACAUCGUGGUACACGUGGUGCUUAGUGAAUUCACGUGGAGGUACAUGCGAAUGGGCUUCACCGAGCGUGAUUUGGAAGACAUCAAGGAGUUCUUAUUUCGACGCCCGCUGCACAUUAUGAUCCUCAUGCAGGUCAUCGGCAUCCUGCAAACGAUGCUGUGGACGUUGGCGUUCAAGAACGACAUCAGCUUCUUCAGGGGACGCGAAGACUACCGUGGCUUGUCGAGCCGGUCGAUGGGUACGGAUGCUGCAAACGCGAUGGUGAUCUUCCUCUACCUCUAUGAUUUCGAUGACAUCUCAAGGCUGAUCUUGUUCCAGCUGGGCAUGACCACCGCCUUUGACCUCUGGAAGUACGCCCGCGUGGCUCGACUUCAUGUGCGCUGGGCCUUCUAUCUGCCCUGGGUGAAGUCUGCGCGCGUGGAGGAGGCUUCGGCCGAAAGGAGGACGGAUGAGAUCGAUGCGAGGGCGAUGUUCUACAUCAAGUGCGCCAUAUUCCCCAUUUGUCUCUUCUUUUGCUUGCAUAACCUUACUUACUACCAUUACAAGAGCUGGUGGAGUUGGUUGAUCUCUUCCAUGGCAGAUUUCUCAUACGGCUUCGGAUUCAUCAAUAUGCUGCCGCAAGUCAUCAUCAACUACCACUUAAAAUCAGUUGCUCAUAUGCCUUGGAGAGUAUUGAUCUACAAGUUCUUCAACACCUUUAUUGAUGAUAUCUUUGCCUUCUUCAUCAUGAGCGAUCGCAUGACUGCCAAGCACAGGUAUAUGACCCUUCGCGACGACCUGGUCUUUUUCAUCUUCCUGUACCAGCGGUACAUGUACAGCGUGGACAAGAGCCGUCCAGAUGAAUAUGGCUUUGUACAUGACGGAGGUGCUCCACUAGAAGGAGCUACCAGUGAUGGUUCUUCAUUGGCGCCUGCAGUCGGAGAAGGAACAGCUGGAAGUAUUGAUGCCACUCGAACUGCGCCUGAAGUUGGAGGAGGGACUACUGAUGCGCGUGUUGCUACCCUUGAGGCUGAAGAAGGAACCAGCGAUGAACCCUCACUGACGCCUGCCGUUGAAAGAGGAAGUGCUGGCAGCACUGAUGCCACGGCGGCUGCGUCUGACGUUGAUGGAGCGCCUGAAGAGGAAGUGCCAGUAGUUGAAGGAGCUACCAGUCAUGUCCCCUCAGCAGCUGCAGUGGCAGGAAGUGUGGCGCCCGAAGAUGAAGUGCCUACAGUCGAACAAGAUGAACAAGGUCCUGUUGAUCAAGCUAGUCCUGAAGCCUCUCUAGACGCAAAGUAGGAGGAGCUGCCAAGCCUUUCCGUGACGCAUUCGCCACAUUCCCAGAAAGCACACGCGACAAAGCACGCGGCAGCCACGCGCGACCACCAGUGACAUCGGACUCCAAGAAGUGACUGGUGGCGGUUUUUGCACAGAACCGGUGGCGGUAUGUCCUGC